UACAAACGGCAAGCGAGGCUGAGGUUACCUGGUCAUUCCCAUCAAAACAUUCACUCGUUUCGACUAAUUUCACUUCUUGGUGAAUGAAUCUUGUGAAGUUGUUGGAUAAUUUGAGAAUUCAGAUCAUAUCCUUAAAGAAAAAAGUAAUAUCUCAGCCGUACACACGAGGCUGCUCACACUAAUUGUAAGGCUUAGUGGUUUAUAAUUCACGAGUUAAAUCAUGAACGCGUCAACCUCUUCUACUUAAAAGAAAUGAUCACCAUCAUCUUUGAGCUGGUAUCAUUGUCGCUCCUGAAUUUUGAACUUUAUAACUCGUCGAAAACACAUCUAGGAUUCCUUCUGAAAGGUCGUCGACAUUUCUUUUCACUGGUAGGUUCUCAAUUUUAUUCCCGAAAUACGCUCUUCCAGUUUCCGUAUCUUUCAUCUCCAUUAUCCCUAUUUAUUCCAUAAGAAAUCACUAGAAAGAACUUCCUUAUGUUUACUUUUACUAACUUAUUUUUGAAAGACAUAGAACUCCUGUUUUCCCAUACAGGUUCCCAAUCUAAAUCACAAAUUGCCAUCUCCACCAUCUACGAGUAUUUCAGUCUCCUCCCAACCAUGAAUCGACCAUGUCAACAUCUCCUCGAGUACAAUGUCAAGUCUACCGAAGUUUCAACCUAUAUCAGACCCCGUCGGCCAGCGAACCAAAAAGCACAAUUUCAUCAAUUUGCCAAACUAGCUCCUGAACUCCAAAGGAUGAUUUUCAGAGAAUCUCUCCCCGAGGGCCGCAUCAUCUCUGUUAAAGCCGUUGAAAUCCUUGUUGACACUCCAGAUAAAUGGACUCGAGAGUGGUAUAGCACUGAGACUUUUGGUGGAAAAUACAAGAGUGCAAAGAUCGUUGUCAGCACAACUUUCCCCGCACUUUUACAUGUUAAUUCUAUGGCCCGCGAAGUUGUCCAAAAGAAAUACAAACUCGAGUUCAGUCACUGUCUUCCACAUCCCGUAUACUUCAAUUUUGAUAUAGACACUCUCUAUAUCCAAUCCGAUCGUGCCGUUAGGCUGUUUCAGGGUACUUCAAAUAGGCUCAAGAGACUUCCAACUCCAUUAAGCCGUGGCCUUGAUUUUGCGAAGAUGCAAGAAAAGCUUAAGUACCUGAUGCUUGGAGAGCCUUGUCUUUACAAAACCACCACUGAAAUGAUUGCUCGAUUGGAAUACCUAGAGGUUUUAGAAUUAAAGGAGGGUUGUUUUCGGAAAGAGCAGAAAGUUAAGAUCUUGGAUAAUAGGUGGUAUGACAGAUGGGGUGAGGAUUUUCCUUAUGAAUUCAUAGAGUUAAGCGAUAAGGAGAUGGGUUAUAAGCUUGAGGAUAUGAAGGUACGUUGAGUUUGUUAUUAUUCCUUAUUCCAUCUGCUAUCAGAGAGAGAAAAAAUUAGCUAGGUCUAGGUUGGAGGUAUGGCACUGACUUGUUUGAUUAGGAUGGCUACGGUGUAUACGUCAAACCUCGUCGAUCUCCUAGACUCAUGGAGCUUGAGGCCAGUAAGAAGGUUGAUAGUCACGAAGAAGAAGAUGAUGAUGAGGCUUAGCAAAGCAAAUUUCAACAUGGCAGGAGGAAAGGGCAAGUUUGUUUGUAAAUUACCGUGAACACGUCUUUUAAUUCGUAACAAUAUAAUCUUCUUUUUCAAGUAGUAGAUUGAAAUAUCUUCCUGCGUGAUG